AUGAUAGAUCUUUUCGAUUUUGUAGUAUUAUCUUCAUUCAUCAUUCUUUUACCAUUGGUAACUGAUUUCCUUAAUAAUACAUUUCCAAAUGCAAAGAUUGGUAGAUUAGCACAAGAAGUUGUGGGCAUGAUAUUGGUAUUCUUUAUUGUAUCUUUAAUAUUUGCAGGAGUAUCAUUAUGGUAUACCCAUUUCUUACCAUUUUAUUAUACAAAAUCAUUAUUAAUAAGUUUUGAUACUUUAAAUUUAUUAGAUCUAUUAAAAUUCAUUAAUACUGAUAAUAAUAACAACAGUGGUAGCAGUAUCUUCAAUAAAAUUACAUUCUAUUUUCACAUUUUCUUUACAAUUCAAUUAGUUGUUAAUUUAUAUUAUUACUACUAUCAAACUAUAACUGCUGAUAAUUUCUUACCAAAAAUUUCAAAAAAUAAACAAAUUCAAUUAUUUGCUAGUGAGACAACUACAACAACAACAACAACAACUGAUAAUAUUAAUGAAAAAAAAAAUAAACUUUGUGGUUUAUGUGAUCAAGUUAGUGAUGGAAAAUGGUCAACAAUUAAUAAACCGAAAUCACAUCAUUGUAGAAUUUGUAAACGUUGUAUUGAUUCAAUGGAUCAUCAUUGUCCAUUUGCUGCAAAUUGUAUUGGUAUAAAUAAUCAUCAUUAUUUUAUACUAUUCAUAGGUUAUACUGUAAUGGCAUUAAUUUAUGCAUGUUAUUUAUCAUUCUUCCCAUACUAUCAUUGUAUUGUAAAUUAUAAAAAUUAUGUUAGUUUAUCUUUUACCAAUGAUAAUGAUAAUGAUAAUAAUAAUAAUAAUAAUUUUAAACAAUUAGCUCAAUCAUGUGCAAAAUUCAAUAAAUAUAGUUUUAUAUUUUUAUGUUGUUGUUUAAUUGUAACUGCCUCAUUUGGUAUACUUUUAUUUCAAACUUAUUUAAUCAUUACAAAUUCAAAAACUGUUCAAUUACUUAGUCGUUUAAAGAAAUCAAAAUCAUUUUUAGAUUGGUUUAAAUGGUUAUAUCAAAAUUUUAAACAAAAUGCUUCCAUAAAUAAUAUUUAUUCACUUUUUCCAAAUUUUAAAUUUUAUAAUUUAAUUAUACCUUACUAUAAAAGGAAAAUAAAUAAAUUAAAUAAAUAA